UUUGUCUAUGGGGUGUACUGUCGAUACUCUCAUAUCUCUUUGGCAGAUGUUCCUGGCCCAGAGUCUGCAUCAUUUAUCAUGGGGAAUCUGAAGGAACUCUACCAAGGUCAGGCAGUGGAGGCUGACUUCAAGUGGCAAACUCAGUUCAGGAAUAUUGUUCGCUUCAAGGGGUCUUUUGGCAUAUACCAAUUGAUGAUUUCCAACCCAGCUGCCCUGCAAUACAUACUUGCAAAGUCAGGUUAUCAGUUUCCCAAA